GUGAGGGUGGGGGUGCGGGCGUUGUGUGCAGAUGUGUGUUUGUGUGUGUGUCAGUGAGAGUGAGAGCUCCUUUUGAAGCAGAGUGUUAAUGCGAAGGAGAGGAUGGGUACUGUAGAGUGCGUUCACUUCUCAGUCCUAUUACAUAUUGAUUUUGACACGACCUAAAACGAGUCCUCUGUGAUGUGUAGCGUCUUAUCAAUUUGUUUUUAAAUAGCACCGCGCGUCCAGCAAUCCUUAAUACGCGGCGUGAUGGUUUCAGCGCGGUCUUAAAGCGUCCAAAUUCGCCCUGGACGCGUCCUGGUGGGAGCAAAGGGGGGAAACAUCAAAACGUCUCAAAGUGUCACAUUCGUGGCCAAUUCUUCUCACUUGAAUAACCCAAAAAAUCAUUUUUCAUUUGCUACUGCUGUAAUGGUUGUCAGCGCCUGACGUGGGCCUCGGCUUUAGGUUUUGCUCAGAAAUAUUCAUCUGUAUCAAUUAUUCUUUACACCAGUGUGGUGUAGAAAUACUACUGCAUCUUACUACUACCACUGCAUAGACCUAGUGCAGGUUUUCAUGAAUGAUUAGUAUUUUGGAGGUGAACUAUCUUUAAUAGACGCGGCUCCUCAAAGCUCUUUUGAAUUUUAGAUGGAAAAUUCUGUCACCUGUUGUCCGGUGCCGGUUCCGUGUAUAUGCACUUUAGCCUGGACUAUAUUUUUUUUCCUAGACGAUUGUCAAUGUUUAGUUCAAUGGAAGAAUGAACUCGGAAAAUCUGGAGCUGAGCCUGUAAAGCAAACAUUUUAAGUACAGACAUUUCAGCCAUAUUUGAGACUGUAGCGUAAAGCUCCGAGCUUCUGUUUCAGGUCCACACACUGAAUGACUGGUUUUCAAGGCCGUGACAAACUAAAAUAAUAUAUUUGAAUCCCUGGUGCGCACUUGGUCGCACAUUACGUGAUUAUUCGUGCUGAGUUUGAAAUAAAUACUUUGCGAUAUUAGCAAGUAAUUUCACCUGCGUUCACCCGAAGAGACAGGUUUGGAGCAAAUAAUAAAAACGUUUGCAUCUAUCAUACACGCAUUAGUUAAGUUGUUUAAAAGCAUAACACAAUUUUGUUAACGUAAUAUCGUGCUAUGCCUUUGCAUCCUUUCGUCACUUUAAAUUCUCCAACACAUCUUUGCGUAAUAAUAAACGACCUGUGCGUUAUUCUCAGCCAUGCCACGCGCUUUCCUGGAUUCCUAAACGCACGUGUUAUAGUGUAAUAGCAAAGCUAUGGUAUUUGUCAACGGUCAAUUGUUUUCAAAAAAGGGUGCAGUUUAACUAAGCAGUUUCAGUUUUCAAAGCGCAGUCAUAUGACGGAGCACGGCCUGAAGCGCUUUGUUCACAUAAAUAGUAUUUAUUUGGAGUUUUCUGAAAUAAUAACCCUGACGCUAUAACAGCACCCCCGGUAGAAUUUCUAAGAGGAGAUUAACUUGUCUAAAAUGUGUCCACGUGGGCCUUCAGUGUUUGCUGCGCCACUCUUCAAAGGACGUCCAGGUUUUUCCAGGACAUCUAAAUAGGAACUAUAGUGUCAGAAGUCACUACUGGGCGAUAUCCUGUGAUGUGAAAUCAUUUAAUACUUCAAAUAAAAAAGUUAACACGUUGUUGUGAAGGCUUUACGUCCUCGUGGUUGGAAGAAAAGUGCACUCUGGAGAUUGCGUUAAAUGAUACAGCGACUGACAUCCCUGUCUUCCAAGCCACUGUUACCGCCACACGUAGGUGCAUUCACUGAGUCCAAUGAGGAAAAAAAAACACAAGGCUCUUUAGUGUCGCUCGAAACUGUUCGCAGCUUACACAGCCAAGUUUAACUGCCCGACUUACAUCCAAUUAAACUUAUCUAGGCCAUGAGGGGACAGUAAUAUGAUUACGCAGACUCCCCACAUUUAGCUGUGCCUGUGUAGCAGUGCCUUAAUGGUUAACUGCGCCCUUCUCUGUGCUUGUGUGGCGACGAUUGUUUCAUGUUUCGGCACAGACUUUAUCACCAAACGAGCCAAACACGCCGUCUAACAUUAAGGAGCGCCACUUUUGAACUGCGAGUUCUUUCUAACAACAGUGUGGCACAGGUUAAACAUAGUAAUUAUGGCUGUAGGUAACGAUACAUAGCUUAAAUUCCUCAGACGCUGUCGUAAAGUUUGUAGUCCAACAGUGACAUUUAAGCGACGAAUAGCAAAUGUUUACACACUAACAGCCUGCUUUCUUUGGAGCAGCGACGCACGUUGGCUUCCGCUCAUGCUGCAGCCUACAUUGCCAUUAUUGUUGAUUGUUGCAUGAGUCCUUUUAAUACAGCACAGCUUUGCAUAUGCUUAGUCUGCUCAUUUGGUGCAGCCAUCAGCUCGUCCCGGGUCCUACUGCUAGCAGAAUAUCAGCUGCUGUGAGUCGUCACAUGAGAAACCUUACUCUUUGACUAAUGUUCUGCGCGCACCCAGGCGAGAAUAGCGAGUGUUUGAAGCCUCGGAAGGCGGAUAUUACUAAGUGGGGGACAUUGACUGAUCAUAUUUUGCCACAUUGUGAUAAACUCGUUCAAAACUCGUACUUCCCAUUCAUUUAAACGCCAUUAUUCCUGCUGUGCACUGCGUGGUCUUUAAACCUCUGUACAUUUUUCCAGCUGUCUUGAUUAUCAGCCCUAAGUUUUGAAUUUUAUUAGUCCAUCACUUAUUCAUGCCCUUACAUUAAUUAUUGAUACCGCGCUAAUACGCAUCAUUGAAAUUAUUAUGAUGAGGAAAUGGUUUGACAAUCUUGUUUUGUGUUGUCUGUCUCGGUUCUAUUAUUGCCCGCUAAAAGAAAAGUUAGUAGCUUUUAGUUUAGAAGAUGCAAUCGUGUAAUGUUAACAUGCGGCUGCCUUUUAAACGUAGGUCACAAUCGUUAUUAUUAUGGCGUUUGUGUUUUUUCAUUUCAAAUUAAAUAUCGUUCUAGUUUAUUUACACGAUGUCGCCUAUCGUGUAUUCCGUAAUGUUAAAUUAGGCAGUGACAUUUUAGUGUGCGCAUUAUUAUUAUUGUUAUUUCGAUGCUCACUAGGCUACUAAUCCUGGAGCGUGUGACAUGUGUCCACACACACACACAGGCCACCGGGCUGUUUGUUUGCACCAUGCUUCCAUAACUGCAGCCAUUCAUUUAUAUAGAAAAAUAUAAAACAUACCGUGUGUGUGUAUCACAUACGUACUGAAAUGUUGAGUAUUACAAAUAAAUAUGAAAACAUAGAAAAAAAUACUUUUAUGAUAUUAAAUUGCUCCAUUUAUAUUUGUGAACACACGGCCUCGUGCUCGGUGAAAUGUGAAGAUUGUUGUUUUUGCAGAAUAUCUACUUGCUGAAAUCCAAAUUCCUCUCAUUCUCAACCUUUAUGGUUUUCUAUAGAACAAAGGGAUUUAGCGUUACUACAGCCAUUCCCAGUUUUAUGGUGGACGUAGAGAGGAUUUUAGUGGUCAAAUUCAAGUGCUGUGUCUGGACAGCUGUCUGCUUUCAUUGUACUUGGAUGCAGGAUGCAUCAUGUGAGACAACCUUUUGUCUGUGCUGGUAGUAAACAAGCUAAUGCCAAUGCCACCUUUUUUUCACAAAUCCUCCUGCGAUGGACUGCCAUUUCCACUGCUGAAGUCCUACGAUGUUUACCGAAGGCGCUAACCUUGUUUUCUGCUAUUUAAAACGCCCGGUGUCCUACAAGAAAUCCUAGUUCACCAAGAGGUUGGAGUAUUGGCUAAUAAUUCAAGGGUCUAUUGGAACAUUUAGGAAGUAGCUUGUAAUCAUAAACAAUGGGCCAUCAUAUUAAUUUCAUCUUGUGAUACUAUCAGUCUAUAAAGGACCAGAGAUGGCCCUCAGCAGUACAAUUAAAAGUUUACAAUGACGCAGGAAAGAACACACAGGCGCAAUUUUUCUCCAAACCAUUCGUUUUAUUACAAUUUAAUUUAAAAAAAAAACAUAACAGGGCGGACAGGCGGCUUCUUCUUUAACAAAUGAUCAGUUGGGACUUCAUUAAGUGUAGAGGGAAGCAUUGCAUACAUUCAUAACGCUCAGUCAAUGGGCCCAGGCUGAGUGCUUUAUCAGCGGCCGUUUAUAUGAAGACUGUUUGUUGAUCUGCUUUGAAGCUUAUGGAAAAAACGUUGCAUCCAAAGCAUUUAAUUUGAUCGUCUGUGAGUUCAAGGAGAUUUUACUACGUUGCAUAUGAUGUGGAUUUUUGUUGUCAGAGCUUCGACUUGCUCAUUGGGGGGGGGUGUAAUGGGCGGUGUUUUCGCCACUGGUGGUGGUGUAACCACUUCACUUUUUAAUAAUGUUUAGUCCAGCAUUUGGCUGGAAAGGAUUGUGUGUUUUUGCGUUCGUGCUGAUGUAUUUAAGGGCACAUUUCUCUCUGAAUGAGAAGCGUCGUCUCCAGGCUGCGCUGGUAGGUUUUUCUGCAGCAACUCCAGGAAGUGGGGUCUGGAAACGUGCAGUUGUCCUCUGUCAUGAUUCAAAGUCAAAGGCAAUAAUGAGAGUGGGUCGGCUGUGCUUUGGUUCUUCAGUCAACAUGCAUUCUGCGUCUCCCCUCGCUGACAGUUCAGCCUCUUCACAGCACGUUUACAUACAGACAUAGCAGCUGCGCACCAUCCACCAUGUGAAGAGUUUUCAUUUGAUGAAAAAAAAAUCGACCAAAUAAGAUGCUUGACGAAGUAAGAUGUUGCACAAGAGCAGCCCGAUUCAUCCGCACCUCUGAUUAUAAUCACGUGUGCAACAGAUUUAUGCAUCCAAAAACGGAUAAAAAGAAAUUAAAUAACUGUAGAGGAUCAGAAGUCAUUCAAUGUGGUCUGUUAACCUUUUUAUAAAUAGAGAAACGAUCAUCAUGGGAUUGCUAGUAACGAGCUUGUACUUGAUCUGGGCUACAAUCCCAGCGAUUAUUGUGCUUAGCGUCUAUUAAAUGCGGAUCUUGUAGUGUGCGCAACAGUAUUAGUGACAACUCCUCAUUCUGUAAUUAAGAAGCCAGUAGAGCAUUAGCAUUAGUGUUGGAAUCAGUAGGUCUCGUCAUAUGCACAACAACAACAACGACUAAUAUGAAUAAUAAUAAUAAUAACAAACAACAACAAUAAUAAUGGUAUCUGUGAAAUUCCGCAACGCUGUGAUUUGCAUGUUGCUGAGCGCACUCUGCAGUUUGCACUGUGCCUGUUUUAAGGAGCUGGAGCUGUUAGCUAGCUUACCACCAGCCCAUAAACAUAAACACACAGCACAUAUCUCUUUAAUUGUCAUAAGCCAGCGACCAAGAUUCAGUUACUGGCGUUCGGACUGCGCCCGCGAUGUUGGAAAAUUAUUCGUUUGAACCUCCUCGAUCUUACCUAAAGCCAACCACUCCUACACAUCCAACUCUUCCAAAUUGAUAUAUGACAAUAUCUACUUUCGAUCACGUGUCCGCGGGGCGACUUAGACGGAUUGCGCGUCAUCUCGCCUUCCCAAAUUUUUCCCUUCUGCUGCAGCUCGUAUCCAAAACAUCUAUCUAUAGUACGGAGUACGAGAGAGAGAGAAAGAUGUUUAACUCGGUGAAUCUGGGCAACUUCUGCUCCCAGACGCGCAAAGACCGGACAUCCGAGUUCGGGGACAGGACGGGCUGCGCGUCCAAUAUCUACCUCCCCAGCUGCACCUACUACGUUCCCGAGUUUUCUGCCGUCUCUUCGUUUCUUCCACAGGCCCCGUCCCGGCAAAUCAGCUACCCUUAUUCCACAAAUCUGUCUCAGCCGGUACGGGACGUUUCAUACGGCUUGGACCCUGCCAGUAAAUGGCACCACAGAAGCAACUAUGCAUCGUGCUACUCGGGAGAGGAUCUGGUGCAUAGGGACUGUCUUCCACCAUCCACCAUGACAGAAAUGCUUAUGAAGAACGAGAGCGUGUACAGCCACCACCAUCACCAUCACUCCCACCCGGGCUCCAAUCACCCGUCCACAGGUUUUUACUCCGGCGUGGGGAAAAACAACGUCCUCCCGCAAGGUUUCGACCGCUUCUUCGAGACCGCGUACUGCAGUAGCACGGACAAUCAGUCAGACAAUUGUUUACAAAAGGGCGACGGGGGAAAGCUGGAAAGCGACUCCCAGACGCAGCAGCAGCAGCAGCAGCAGCAGGAGCAGCAGUCCACAGCGUCUGUAGCCGGAGCUCCGGAGCAGGAAAAAGACCCGGAGGAUGAGGAACACACAAAUUCAGGCUCAUGCACGUCUUCCUCCGCGACAACCAAGGACGGCAACGCCAGCAAGAGCAGCCACUCGAGCACUCCUCGCACAAGGAAGAAGAGGUGUCCAUAUUCCAAGUUUCAGAUUCGGGAGCUGGAGAGGGAAUUCUUCUUUAACGUUUACAUCAACAAGGAGAAAAGGCUCCAGCUCUCCCGAAUGUUGAACCUCACCGACCGCCAGGUUAAAAUUUGGUUUCAGAAUAGAAGAAUGAAAGAGAAGAAGCUGAGCAGAGAUCGCCUUCAGUACUUCUCUGGAAACCCCCUCUUGUGAGCAAGCGCAGAGAGUGUCACGGUCUGUGUCAGUGACAUUAAGGCCUGCUCUUAUCUCAUUCAGUCGUAACCGUGGGCAUAACCAUUUUCUAAAGGAACCCAUAUCACCAACAGUGCAACGUUCAAGCGGACUGUGGGAGCGAUAGGCCUGCAUGGGAUAAAGUCGCCAUUUUCUUAUUGCCCUGCGGGCGGCGGUGGAUUUGUAGCAGAUCCCUCCAAAGGCCUUCGUGGUCACAAUAAUCAUUUAUAUGCUGUUCUUGAAUAUGUCCGUCUAUUUAUCACGGUCCUCCGUUGUGUUUAUUCUAUUGGUCCCGUAGACACAUUUGUUAACAACACCAAAUGUAAGAGUUUGAAUCAUUAAUGCGCAGACAUGGUUUACCCCCCCGCCCUCUGUAUAUAGCAUAUCAUUAUCUAAUUAUUUCCCGACCAGAGUAUGAACACGUUAGAGAAAAAUUUCCAGGCUGCAUUUUUCGCCAUUGAGAACUGUGACGUCCAAUCUGUGAAAGUAUACCCCCCCCCCCCACCUCUGUACAGAGUAGCCUAUGCAAUGUGCAUUCGUGACUGUAAAUAGGCCUUUGUUGAAUUUCUUUUCUCCUUAUCCCUGCUGCUAUUUUUCAGUACGGUGCCCAUACGACUUUAACGAGCUUUAAUUCCUUAAAUUAUUUGCUUCAGACAUUGGUGCUUUGGAUAUCAGAGAGGAGGAACAAAUUGUCGGCCUGUGUAUCAAUAAUAUAAUACAUAUGAAAUACAUAUGAAAUAAACACAAACGUAUAGGCAAAACCCAUGGACUUUGUGCUUUUUGUGAGGAUCAUCGCCGGUGUGAUGUGCGUGUUCUCUUGACAGGCGUGGUGCUCUGUUUGUUUGCGGUGAGUCAGAACCUUUUUCUAAAUAAAUGCUUGUAUAACCUAAACCUGAUGACCCACAUACACGGCAUGUGCACCGGUUCAACCAUACACACCGAUUUGGUUGCGGUUGUGAAACUGAGGCGUUCUGUCGGCGGGCCUGCACUUGUCAGAGUUUAGGCUCUGCGAAGGUUACACCACGCUGGGAGAUCAUGUUUAAGCCGGGGCGAGCGCGUUUAACGCAGAUACAGGCCAGAUCAGAGAAAUGCAGAGAAAGCGGCUGGAAUGAUAACCUCUUUUAGUGCCCACUAAAUGGAAUCGCCACUCUUGUAGUCUAGACACUGCCAUAAAGACAGAGGCACUAAAUAGCUAUUUUUUCUCUUAAUUGCACCGUCUGUUCGGGGGGGAAUGGCGCUAUUUCCGCACUAAAUAGUAAACAAGUAGGCCUGGAUGUCCGAAGGGGGGAAAAGUUGCCAAGAGUUUCGACGUGAACUCGGCCUGAGUCUGCAGAAGUCAACCCUCUGCAUGGGGCGGUCCGGUUUUCUGUCCUUUCACCAGAACAACAGCAACAAACGCUUAUGAGGAAGUGGAUUUGCUUAAAAACACGUGUUAUUGUCUUAUUUCAUUCUUUAUUCAUUUUCACUCAUCAUGUCCUUUUAAAGCCUUGCAGCAUUCAGUCUUGCAGGCCUUGUAGCGCAGCAUAAAUAACUGUAUUUGUUUGAGCUGACAUCAAACUUCAGCCUGUUUCAACACAUCGGCUGUGAAUAAAUAAUUGUUGACUAAUUGGACCAUGUGUUGGGGCUUACAGUCAAAGAUAAAUAGGAGAAAGGAAAUUAUAACUGGCGUGCUGUAUUUCCUUCUCACAUGUGUGUGUGCGCGCCUUAUGUGGCCGUGUGCGUAUUAUCAGCGUUUGUUCUCAACAUAUGUACAUGAUGGGAGCACGUGUGCGCUAACUACAAUUUAUAAUUAAAUGUAGUCUUUGAACUUCAAUAAUGUCAAGGCCCUCACCUUUAACCCGCUGCAAUAAAGUGGAAUCAAGGAGCCCCUUUAGCCCGGAAAUGUGUGCUGCGACGGAACGAGCCAAUGAGAGUGAGUGGGAACAGAAAAAGGAAUGUGUACAGAGACCAACUUUGACCCCUCGCAUUAAACUACAGCAGGUAACGUUGCCAGCUUUAGCACGCCCAGUAAAUACACUUUAUUGUCCUUGUAAAAUGUAUACGUUUUCAUGCAUGAUACGUUUUAGAACACGCUGCUAUAAGCUGCAGGCCUAUAUUUGUAUAAGCUAAAGAGAAUGGAAAAAAAAACACCAGUGGGUGUGAGUCUGUCGCAGUGUGCUUGUCGAAAUGGGUGGUUCUGUAAGUGCAGACAUGACGGUUUGUGAAUCCGUGUGUGAAUCAGCGCAUCCUCUGGUUUCUGUCUAUAAACGUGGCUCCUGCUGCGGCGGCUGCGCGUGGAUCAUCGGGUUUUCGUUGUGCAAUGCGCUGCAGUGACUCCGAUUAACGCUCUGGUUUGGGCCAGAGUGUGAAAUAUGCAACACAAUCGUAUAGAAAGCGGUUGUGCGUUUUUUCUCCACACUGGGUGAAAUUACGCCCACCUUCGUAGCUAGAAUUAUCAGGGAGGACGCGGCGCUUUAAGGGAAAAAGGCGAUGCAGACUAGUGGAGAUCAAGGCUGUAGAAGCCCAUCGCUCGCCACACCCACCAACCUUGGCCCUGGGACAGUGACGUGGGUAAUUUGUAGUUUUCUCCAACACACAACGUCACUAACGGAGCGCUGCAGAGGCUCCUGCAAAUGUUGUCUGUUAACCACACGGGGGCCAUGAGCCUCUGCACUUUUUGUGUUUUCUCAACGGGAUCUUGAAAACGCUUCCUGAGAUGAAUGCCUCGUGACAUCAGAGUAGUAUUAUUAGUGGUAGGGACAUCCUCUCUCCGUGAUAAGCCGUGUGGCAGAAGGACAGUGAGCUCUGCUGGAAUGCAGCCCCCGCUUUGCCUCAGUCUGACUCGUGCACUUGGGUGUUGUGCUGAAGGAAAAUGGCGGAGAGCUUUAUGUAGAUGGUGUGAACCAGGGGGAGAAGACACACUCAUGCUGGUAAAAUGGAGAAUAAUUCAUGUAGUUGCCUAUGGAGGUAUUUUGAAGAAUGUAUUUUUUCGAUCCGAUGUUAAAAAGCUUUAGUAAGACACAAUUUCUUUUACUCUGACAAAUACAUAUGCUAUAAAUAAAUAUUUUUAAAGGGA